UAAGCAUGGAUCACAUUAAAGGAGAAAUUCAGCUUUGCAUAAGCAAAAUUGUAAACAUUACCAUAUUACAUUGUUCUCUUCUCUCAACGGAACAUCCCAUUCUUUGUGGCACUUCCUUAUUCCUCCUACUUGUAUACGUCUUUCUUCCUUCCCUUUUCUAUUUCUUACUUUACUCUUUCCCCAUUGUCGUCAUCAUCACCGUCGCUGUUAAAUUUGCUAUCGAUCAUCGCCCCUGUAACAAAAAAAACAUCAAACAAGAAGAACAGAUCAGUACCCAAACCACUACUACUCCCGCGCUUCAGGCUAGAACCAAGUCCUUCAAUAGGGCUCACUCGGUUAGACGACGCAGGGAGCAGCAGAGUAAGGUAGAAGAAAAAGACAUGGUCUCUUCGAUGCAAGGAGCAUCAGAUAUAUUGGUUGAUAAGGCUGCCCUAAUUGAGGACAACCCGAAAGAUAUCCAAGAGGUGAAAGUAGACGACAAUGCCAACAACAAUCGUAUUGAGGGCUCGCCAGCUGUUGUUUCGGAGAGGGUAGUGAAAAAUGAGAAGAAAGGUUCAUUCAAAGGAGGAUAUCAUGAUGGGAGAAGUUCGGAUGAAGAUCAAGAAGAAGAAAAGAAAGCCCUAGAAUGGACGGAAGAUGAUCAAAGGAACCUAACAGAUCUCGGGCUUUCAGAGAUUGAAAGAAACAAAAGACUGGAGAGUUUAAUAGCAAAGAGAAUGGCUAGAAAGUUGUUAAGCAUUCAAGUCCGUAAAACACUUAUGAAUAUGGGGAACAACAAGCAUCCUCAUAUUUCUUCAAUUCUAGUACCAAAGGCCAAUUCCGAUUCUCAAAUAUCUCCCGUACCCGGUUCUGCCCCUUCAGUUCUUUUGCCAAAUCGAAACCCCUUUGACCUUCCUUACGAUUCGCAUGAAGAAAAACCCAACCUAACCGGGGAUGGCUUGCCAGAAGAGUUGGUCACGAACCAACCACCCAAGGACUUGAUGUUCUGCCGGCACGUUAGCUUCAGCCAGGGGGUCCAUUUCCCUUGCCCUGAAGAAUUUGAUAAAGACCGACCCGCCCCUUUCAAUUUUGCAGACAAGCAAAGCAUUCGGAGCAUACCAGAAUUCUCACGGUUAAGAAAGGAACCAGAAAACAAAAGGGACCCAAAUUUAUCACCCAAAAAAGCUUCAUCAAGAACUGGAGAAGGACUCCUUUACACAAACAAGAGAGUAAUUCAUACGCCAAGAAAUUCUAUAGAUUCAGAUAUGCUUGUGGAGAUGUCUGAGACGGCAUCCCAGUUAGAUUCAGCCUCCCUUGGGUUAGAGGAUGACUUGGGCAUUGCAAAACCAUGGGCAGCCUCAUCUCAUCUUGCCGGGGUGGAAGAGAAUGAAUCAAGAUCACGGGAAGUUCAUGAAGUUAGUGAAAAAGAUGUUAUAGCCGUCGGAUUUGCAAGACUCAAUCCCAUAUGUGAUGAUCAUGUCUCAUUAAACGAGAUGAUAGAUGAGCCCGAGCCUGGUUUGGUAGCAGAACCGCCUGGUUUGGUAGCAGAACCGCCUGCUUUGUAUCCGAAUGAUGACAGGUUAGUCGAGGCUAGUGGAUCACAUUCAACACACAACAACAAUAUCAACAUCAUCGAAGAACCUGGUGACCAAGAACAGGAAAAAUCAAGUCCUACUACAACGGAGAAGAACAUUAUGAAUGAUGUACCUGCAAAUGACAAUGAUAUCUUGGAUUUUAUCAAACAAACAUAUGGCGAAGGGAACUCAAAUGGGCAAAGGUCUGCUCCCAGUGAUGAAAAUCAUAUGAUUGCUGCUCCUAAUGAUGAAAAUCAAACUAAUGCUGCUCCCAGUGAUGAAAAUCAUACUAAUGUCUCAUCUGAAGAUAUUAUUGAAGAUAGGCACAAUGAAUUAAUAGACCAAAAUGGGCACAACCAGAUUGCUGGUUUGUCAGAUUUGAUUGUUCAUAGGAACACCGACCACACAAAUGACCAACAACCCAUUAUAGAAUCAAAAGAACGACAGGAAACAAUGAUUGAAGGGGGGCCUUCAGACUCAAGCUCAUCUUCAACUCCCGAAUCUCCGUCUACCAUGAAAGGCGAAACCGGUCAAUUUGACGCGAAUGAAGGAAAUUCAGAGACAGUUGCAUAUGCAGGCCCAUUAGACAGCGAUGAUGAGGCGGGUCCAUCAAACGCGGUUCAAGAAACAGACACUGGUCCACCCUUUGGAAGUUCAUCUCUAUCUCCAAAAUCUGUCCUGCAGAAGAAAUUCUCAAUGGCUUCAAUUUCAAGCUCUGAUCAGAUCAACAUGGAAACCCCACAACCUGAACAACAAAAUGAAGAUGUUAUCAGUGUUUCACCAUCAUCUCAACAUGACAUCCAAACUAUUCAACAUGAACCAUCUACUCAUAUCGAAACAAGACAAAUUCCUUUAGAGGAAACAAUGUCCAGCUCUACUGCCGACCCUGAAAGCGUCAUUAUAGGACCGACACAGACCCAAACUGUCGAUGGCUUGAAAAAUGAAGGAGAGGGAAGUCAUAAUGAAACUGUAAAGUUGGACGACAAUGAAGAAAGAAACCAGGAGGCAACCGAAUCAGUCGAAGUUGACAAAGACAAAUCUAAGGAAACGUCAGAAGUGAAGCCUGUGGAAGAGUUAACAUAUAAGAAUGAAGAUGUAAAUGUCAUAAAUGGAAGUUGAGAGGCUGGAAUGAAACAUCAACUGGCUUUAGUUAGUUUUUUUUUUACACCAAUAUUUUCUAUUCUCAUUAUUGUUGUUUCCUGCCCAACAAAUCAGGCAGCACCAUCAUCAGAGUUAUUUAGAAAUAGUAUAAAGUAGUUAACA